GGGGGCUUGACUCUUGUUUUUUCCGCUUCAAUUCGGAUUUUAUUGAGGACAAGCGGUAACCAUGGUCAUGUUCUCUGCUCUUGGAGUGCUCUUGCUGUGCCAGCUUCUGACGUCCUCCUCAGCCCAGAGACCUGGCCCAAGAGGCUCUCCUGGCCCACAAGGACCCCCAGGGCCUCCGGGAAAAGAUGGCACUGAUGGCAAACCGGGACCUCCUGGACUUUCUGGAAAAGCUGGUCCCAAAGGGAAAGCAGGAAUACCAGGCGGAUCAGGAAAACCAGGCCUGCCGGGACUUCCAGGGGUGGAUGGAUUGACUGGUCCUGAUGGCCCAGCUGGAAAGGAUGGACCUCCUGGAGAGAUGGGUGAAGCUGGACCUCCUGGGCCACCUGGACCUCCCACUGCAGGGGCAGAGGGAGACCCGGUGCUCCAGGGCUACCCGGAACCAAUGGUUUGCCAGGCGGAGUCGGGCCACAGGGCCCAGUGGGAGCUGAAGGCCUUCCAGGACUUCCUGGGCCUCCUGGUCCUGAUGGACUCCCAGGUCUUCCUGGUGCUCUCCCUGAUGGCAGUGGAGAUCUUCUGUGGUCCUCAUCAUCAUGUCUCUUGUCCCUUACAGUGUCCAGCCAUCUGCCCCCCUGGUCCAUCUGGUCCUCCGGGAAUGCCGGGAUUCAAGGGUCAUACAGGCCAUAAGGGAGACAAGGGAGAAUUUGGUAAAGAUGGUGAGAAGGGUGACUCUGGCCCUCCUGGCCCACCAGGUAUUCCAGGCACCGUGGGUCUGCAGGGCCCACGUGGUCUAAGGGGACUCCAGGGCCCAAUGGGAUCCGUAGGAGACAGAGGCCUGCCUGGCUUCAGGGGCAAACCAGGAAUUGCUGGUAUCAUCGGGAAAACAGGUGAUGCAGGGGAACGAGGACCACAGGGAUUUAAAGGACCCAAAGGAGAAAUUGGUAAAAUUGGUCCCAAAGGAGCACCUGGUGGAUCAGGACCCAAAGGGGAACCUGGUAUUCCUGGGAGAGAUGGCAAAGAUGGUACACAGGGGUUAGAUGGUGAGAAGGGCGAUGCAGGUCGAUCUGGGGUACCCGGAGAAAAAGGACCCAAUGGCCUUCCUGGUCUACAAGGAAAAGCUGGUGGAAAGGGAUCAAAGGGAGUAGUUGGUGAUCCAGGAAAGAUGGGUGAGACGGGACCAUCUGGAGAGCCAGGUAUUCCUGGUGAGAUUGGUAUCCCAGGAGAGAGGGGAAUUGCAGGACCCAGAGGAGUAGCAGGUGGCAUUGGACUAGUGGGUAACGUUGGACCUCAAGGAGUGAAAGGUUUCCAGGGAGUAAAGGGGGCUAUCGGGGACGCAGGUCUUCCUGGUCCAACAGGAAUCCGUGGAGGAUUCGGCGAAAGGGGUCCAGUCGGAGCUUCUGGCUCUAAAGGAGACAUGGGCGUGGCAGGAAGUGAUGGUUUGCCUGGAGAGAAUGGAGAACCUGGUCCAUUUGGACCGGUUGGCCAAAAAGGAGAGUCAGGGAAACAUGGCGAGCUAGGACCCAAAGGUGUGACGGGGCCACAAGGAGAGCUUGGACCAAGAGGAGUCCCUGGAAAACCAGGACUGAUGGGCUUCCAGGGUGAACAGGGUCUGCCUGGAAUUGCAGGAAAGAAUGGCGUACCUGGCAAACUGGCAAGUGAACAGCACAUCAGAGAGCUGUGCGGCUCAAUGAUCGAUGAUCAGAUUGCACAGCUGGCUGCUAAUCUCAGAAGGCCUCUGGCACCUGGUAUGGUUGGCCGCCCGGGUCCUGCUGGGCCUUCAGGAAAGUCAGGCGUUUCCGGAUCUAUCGGGCACCCCGGCGCCCGCGGACCACCAGGGUACAGAGGCCUGCCAGGGGACCUAGGAGACCCCGGUCCUAGAGGCGAUGUUGGUGAGCAGGGUGACAAGGGACACAUUGGCAAAGCCAUUGAUGGUCCCCUUGGAGACCAAGGAUACCAAGGUCUUCCAGGAGUACUCGGAAUCGCCAAAGACGGGCGUGACGGAUCUCCGGGUGAUCCGGGCGAGCCUGGAGAGUCAGGCAGGGCGGGUAGGACUGGACACCAGGGACCCCCUGGAAUCUGUGACACGUCAGCCUGCCAGGGGGCAGCGGCCGCCGGGAAAUCCUCGAACCCCAAAAACAAUUAAACAAUUGACUUCCCGCUGCCUGACGCCAUCCGACCCUCGGCGGGGUGACGGGAGAUGGAAGGAAGGAUGAGAGGAGGAAAAGAAGAGACACAAAUCGCAUAAAGUUCCUCUUUUAUACACAUAAUACAUCCAUAGCAGGACGGGAGAAGUAACAUCAAAACGAUGUGAUUGUUGAGAGGAAUAGAAGAAAAAGAGAAAUAAUAUAAAAACAACCACCAAGAGACUAAAAAUCUAGUUCAAAUCCAUAAAUGAAGUGGACAGAAGCAGAGACGAGAGAGGAAGGGAGAGACAACUUCUCUAAAUACCAUCACAGAAAACACUUGACUUAAAACAACUUAACUGGAAAAGUGCUUAUAGACCAUUCUUUUUUCUGAAUCCUCUGUGUGUAAAAAAACAAAAAACAAAACAAAAAAACCCAGAAACUUGUAUAGAUGUUGUUUCCAUGCCCCCCAUCAUCUUGGUUAACAUUGCUGUGGCAGAUGAUCCUCUCAGCACAACUGGGAUUGUUCUUUUUAAGUGAACGUGUGUGCGUCACGGUGCUUCGAUGCAGAUCACAGGUGUUACCUCAUGAGACAAGCUUACACAAUGUAAAAUAUGCAGAUGGGUACCGGAGGCAGAGAUUAGGCCUCUGUCAUGGAGCUGUGUAUGAACUGGAACAAGCAUUAAAAAACA